GUCUGCAUAUAAAAGGGAGCUGGCCCAGGAGCUCACAGCAGCAAUAGCAAGCAACCAGAGGAGCUGGCUUCCAGGAGCCCAGUGCCUCAAACCCAGGUCUGCCCAGACAAGCCAGCUUUUGGGUGGCCCCAGAAUGAGGGUCCUGUCCAGAGCAGCUGUGAUCUUGGCCUGUGUGGCAGUGAUUUCUGCAGCUUCUGAGAAAGGCUUUACGCCUGUAAGACAGAGAGAACCGCGACCAUUGCAUCCCAUUCAGCGCUUUGAAGAAGUCGGCUAUGCAGAACCCCCAUCCCCGCCUGUAAGCCGGAGCCGAGGCCUCCCCGCAGGUCCUCAUGACUCUUCUCAACGUGACCCUUCCUUUGAGGGACAGAUGGAAGUGAACUUUCCCUAUGUCUCUCAGGAAGAGAUCCCUCUCCAGAAGGAGGUACCCCCUCUCCAGCACCCCAAUGCAAAGAGAGUGGACACUCCUGGCCCUCAGGAAGAGAUUCCUCUCCAACAAGAGGUGACCCCUCUCCGGCACCCUACUGGACAGAAACAAAUGGGCUCCCCUGUCACACACCAGAAGGAGAUAUUCCCAUCCGGACAGACAGAGGAAAAGUCUGGUCCCCUCACUGGUCAGGGUCCUUCGGAUCCUCAGUCCUGGAACCCAGCCCAGCACUGCCAACGAGGCCGAUUCCGAGGGGGUUGGGGCCACCGCCUGGAAGGCUUCCCCCCCGGGCGGCCUUCUGCAGACAAUCUGAACCAAAUCUGCCUCCCGGACCGGCAACCCGUGUUGUACGGCCCGUGGAACCUGCCCCAGACUGGCUACUCCCACCUCAGCCGCCAGGGCGAGACCCUCAACUUGUUGGAGACUGGCUAUUCCCGCUGCUGCCGCUGCCAGAGCACCACACACCGCCUGGAGUGUGCAAAACUUGUGUGGGAGAACUCAAUGACCCAGUUCUGUGAGGCUGAGUUCUCGGUCAAGACACGACCAUACUCGUGCUGCAAGCAGCAGGGAGAGGCCCGGUUCACUUGCUUCCAGGAGGGAGCUCUUCGACCACACUACCAGCUCCAGGCCUACCCCAGUCACCAGCCUGGUAUUUCUGUGGGCCUGGAGGUACCUUUUCCUCCUGGGCUGCCCACCCUGGACAAUGUCAACAACAUCUGCCACCUGAAACGCUUGCGUUACAUGCCACGCAACCUCCCAGCUACUGACACCAUCGAAAGGCAGCUGCAGGUUCUGAUGCAGCUGGAGGUUGAGUUUCAGCGCUGCUGCCGCCAGGGGAAUGACCACACCUGUGCGCGGAAGGCUUGGGAGGAUGCCCUGGACCGAUACUGUGACCAGGAGCAGGCAGUAAAAACCCACCACCACAUGUGUUGCCACUACCCACCCAGUCCCAUCCGUGAUGAAUGCUUUGCCCAGCGGGCUCCCUAUCCCAACUAUGAUCGGGACAUCUUGACCCUUGACCUCAGCCGAGUCACCCCCAACCUCAUGGGCCAUCUCUGUGGAAAUGGAAGAAUUAUCACCAAGUAUCAACACAUUCCCGGACUGAUCCGGAACAUGACUGCCCGCUGCUGUGAGCUGCCAUUUCCAGAGCAGGCCUGCUGUGCUGAGGAGGAGAAAUUAGCUUUCAUUGAGGAUCUCUGUGGUCCUCGACGGAACUUCUGGAGAGAUUCUGCCUCGUGCUGUGACCGGAAGCCUGAGGAUGAACAGACCAAGUGCUUCAACCUCAAUUAUCUGAGGAGCGUGGCUCUAGUGACUGGAGACACUGGGGAUGCCAGGGGGGAGCAGGUUCCAACUAGGGGAACAAAUGUCAGCCCUGCCCCUGAGUCCAAGGAAGAAUGAGUCACUGCAGAGCCUUGGAGGAUCAGACCGGGGAGCCCCACCCCACCCUCUUUGAGUACUGAUUAUAGUAAACACCUCCUGGGACCUGCCA